UUUGCAGGAAGUCGCCUGGCUUGGCCAUCAGUUGAACGCACUAAGAAGAUUGUAAUGUCUGCGGCUCAUAUGAAGAAAAGGCCGAAACAGAGUUUGGAUAUGAACCAGCCGCUAACUGUGCGUAUGCUCGUGUAACGGGGAGGGUUAAAUAUCUGUCAGUGUUAAGCGGCGGACUGGCUCCUCGUCGUUUUGGGGGAAGGACUGUGAGGGGUGCCCUGUUCUCCAGCCAUGACCUCUGGGAAUGGGAGCACUGACAGCAGCCAACACAAUGGAGAGAGCAAACCAGCCCAGGCUGUAGUUGGGUCCCACAUCCUUACCCAUCUGAUAGAGGGCUUCGUUAUCCAGGAGGGUGCCAAGCCUUUCCCUGUGGAACGUCCGUCUUUCUCAAUUGAGAGCCUCAGGAGACACACAGACUCAAAGAUGGACAGUCUCUCACCAAAGGAGUUAAAGGCCCAGCAGGAGCCCAUGCUGACCUGUGAGCUGUGUGGCAGGGUGGACUUCGCCUACGUCUUCAAAAGGUCAAAGAGGUUCUGUUCUACAGUGUGUGCCAAACGCUACAAUGUGGGAUGUACAAAGAGAAUGGGUCUCUUCCCAAACCGCAAAACCACCCUGGAGAACAUGAAGAAACAAAGAGCACUGAACAGAAACCACAAAAAUUCCCAUUUAGAGUCUAAAAGGAAGAAGCCUGCUAUUGUUGCUCUGUCCUCUGGUCACUCGGUCCACCCUGCACAGGGAGAAUCCAGUCAGUGUUCAGACUUGUCCGGCUACAAGAGACCCCCAUCCCCUCUGUUGGCUGGCCAGCGGGUGCCUGUGGUGCAAGGCUCUGAGCUGCCCCUACUGCCCCACAGCUUCUUGCCCAGUGACCCUGGUCAGUGGAACGUGGAGGAUGUCUACGUGUUCAUCUGCUCUCUGCCAGGGUGUCUGGAAAUCGCUGAGGAGUUCCGCUCUCAGGAGAUCGAUGGACAGGCCCUGCUGCUGCUGAAGGAGGACCAUCUCAUGGGAACCAUGAAUAUCAAACUGGGCCCUGCACUCAAGAUCUUUGCCCAGAUAAGCAUGCUGAAAGACUCGUAGCCCAGCUCAGCCCUCACACACACACAGCUCUCAAAGGCAGCUCCAUGACUGGACAAAAAGUAUGUGCUGGGGAUCCCAUGCGUUGAGUUCAGGUAACAAGCCAGAAUUGUUUGAUGGAUGUUUUGUCACGGCCUGCUCAACACAAGGACAUCAGCUGUGACUGUUGGACUCACCUUUUACACUGAAAUGUUCACUCUGGUAAACUUCAGGAAAGCCUUACCCCAUAGUUUGAGAAGAAUGCUGUUAAUGUAGGAUGUGUUUCAUUGGCAACGUAUCUUUAUGUUCAUAAAGCUUGAGUUUCUGCAUGGGAGGUUUGCUGUUAAACAUUUUUGGAAAACAUACCUGCUUGAUUAGGGGAUCAGUGUCAUCUCUAUGCCAUCUCUUUUAACUUGGGACAUUUCAGUCACUGAGCGGCUCAUGAAAUUUGUUACAGGGAGAAUGUUGAAAACAGGAUAUUAUUGGAUCUUCUUAGCAACUUAAAAUGUGGAGAUAAAUAAAUCAAAGUCAGUACAAAUCAUGUGAAAUCAAAGAUGCUAAACAAAGGAUAAGGAAGGAAUAUAAAGAGGGGAAACUGUAUAAAUCAGCUGUAUUGUUGCUGUAAAUAUAUCUUCCAGUUGAUGGAGCGAAAAAAAAAUCAUGUGCCAUCUUUGAUUGUACAUGGUUUGUUUUAAUUUAAUAUAAUAGACUUUUCUUGAAGAUAUUUCUUGAUGAGUGAGUUUAUUCUUGGAAAUAGAAAUAGUAGUCGAUAAAGUAAUCUUUACUCGAGGUCUACUUAGUAGUUUUUUUCAGAGCCUUUUCAACAACAUCCCAUGGUCUGCAUUAGUGAAUGAAGUUUACUUUUUUGUGGGGUUGUGUGUGAGAGAGAGAGAGUUUUAGGAGCCAUUUAGUGACUGAAAUGUUCGAGUUGUAAAUGCAAGAACAUAAUGUGAAGUAUGUCCAGAAUGUGUGUUUACACAAAGACUGGAAGCGGGAGGAAACUGCUGUCCUAACUCCAUUAACAGUUGAGAUGAAAGCCAUCCAACAACUCAAAAGUUGUUCUAUGCAUUAACAUUGUGGUUUGCAAAUGAAGUAGAGCUUCGACAAUUAGUCAAUUAAUGGAUUAGUUGCCAACUAUUGAACUAAUUGCCAAUUAUUUUGGUAAUCAAUAAAUCGUUUUGAGUCAUCUUGUAAGAAAAAAAGUCCAACCUCUCUGAUUCCAGCUUCUAAAAUGUGAAUAUUUUCUGC